GACGACGACUGGGCCUGGAAACCCCAAACGGCCCUCGCUUUCGGCGCCAUCUGUCCUCUCCAGUUCGAAUUGUCCCGUGAGCUGCCUCCUGUGCUCGGUGUCUUGCCCUUUCUUCUGUCACCCCCUCACGUCUUGUCUGCGCUCCUGCAAGCGCCAUGGUUGCGCCAGCUGUCCCCGAGUAGGUGUCUCCCCUCGCUUAACACAACAACAACAUUUGACUGCACCCCUAUCUACUGUUUCAGGAUUGGCUCCUAAUGCAAUUGUUUGUGCAGGAUAUACGAGGAGGAUGAAAUUUACGCCGCCGUCGAUGCGCGCACCGAGUCCCUGCAGAACCUCAGAGAGUUAGGACCUCCGGACUUGGUGUAUUUGGUCAAACAACCCAAGACCAACUCCACCCGUCAGGUACGUGUCUACAAGGUUGGAUGGCUUCGGAAGGCUAUAACCAGCAUAUGAGAUCACCUUCGGGAUUGAUCUGGGAAAUGUAAACUGACAGAUGUGCGAUGGAUACAGACCGGUGUUUAUCACCAUGUCACCGGCAUCGACGCCUCCUCCUCCGCCAGUUUAGCCGCCUAUGUAAAUACGCUGACCUUUUCUCCUCUCGAUAAAACACACAAAGUGGUAUCUGGGACUUACUGGUCAGGAAUCCCGGUCCGAGAUGCCUUUUCAGUGCCAUGAUUGACGAAUGCGCAGUUGCUACAAUGCCUUCUCCCACCUGGAUAUGCGAGUCGACGUGAAGAUCCCCGGAAGUCUGGAAAGUUACUGCAUCGAUGAGCGCGGCGAUAAGCGCGUUGCGACAGAAGCACUGUGGUUGGAGACGUUCCUCUGUGGGGUUCUCCGGGCCUAUUCCUAUGCAGAUGACGGCAGCGGUGAUGCGAUCAGGAAGAUUGUCGGAGUUCGUCGGUUCAACCCGGUCACAAACACAGAGAUGGAACACAAGUUCUUGGAUGCGGCUGAACGACUGUUCUUCUUGGGCCGGCAACUCAGCUCCGACCCCGAGACGCAGGUUCCAAACACGGUCAGCAACCACCUCACGACCGGUCUUUUGAAGUACAUCCAGACGACGGGACGCUAUACAUCGGGAAUCAAUCUUUUCGAGAAGCUUCGGACACGCGACGUCGAGGUCUCUUCUUUGUUGACUCGGGUUCUCAUAAUGGCGGAUGAGGAGGUACAAGCGGUGCGGUUGAUGUACGAUGCCCUGCAGGACGUUCCCAUGGACUAUUCCUUGCUUGAUUGUCAGGCGACUUUCUGUCAGGAGAAAGGCGAAGGUGAAAUGGCAUUAGAGUGUGCCAAGCGCGCGGUGACUGCUGCGCCCAGCGAGUUCAGCACGUGGGCGCGACUGGGAGAUGUCUACGUGAGCCUCGAACAGUGGGAUCUGGCGCUUUUGACGCUCAACUCAUGUCCCAUGUUCACCUAUCAGGACAAAGAUACCCCUCGCAUGCCUCAACCGUCGCGCAUCAUGCUUCCGAUCCUUGCAGAAAGUAUGCUGGACGAGAUCGACGAGGGCCAGCCUAAACAGGGAGAUCCCCAUGACUACGUCCAUCCAUCGCUACGUAGAUUGCAUGCCGCCGCAUACCAAGGUACCUUCUUGAAAGCCUACAAUCUCUUGACCAAGGUUGCCGCUGCCAUCGGAUGGGAUCAGCUUCUCAAAAUUCGCAGCGAAGUGUUUGUCAUGGAGGAGGAAUACCGGGUCGAACGCCAGCACUCCGUCUCGAAGCCGGACGCCUCCUCAGUAGCCGAGACCAACGGAGACGGAGAACAUGAAACGGAGACCGAUGCAGAUGACCAAGCGUCGACCAACGGGACAAACGAUCAACAAGAAUCUUCCCAUUCUAUCGAGAGACCCGAACAAACGGUGGCAUCGGAAGUGGUCAAAUCCGGAAACGAAGACCCCGACCCGUCACACUCGUCAUACGCGCAAUUCCGCAACAAGCGCCUGUGCGAGAGAUGGCUCGACAACCUCUUCAUGGUCCUCUACGAGGAUCUCCGCAUCUAUACCAUCUGGCGCACCGAGAUGGCCCAAUUCCGCCAACAAUCCAUCGAGUACAAGAAGUCUGCCACAGAAUGGGAGAUCCUCGGCGAACUGGCCGAACGACUGCACCAUUUCGACGAGGCGAUCGAGGCCUACCAGCAGUGUCUGGCCAUCCGGUUCUCGCCGAAGGCCAUGCGCGGCCUUCUCAAACUUUACGAGAAGCGCAACGAUACCCGAGGGAUGUUGGGUGCUUUGAUCCGUCUCAUUGCAUGGCAAUACCGUUGGUACUCCGAGUUCUCCCCCAACCUCCUCUACCUCAUCCGCAAACUCAUCGAAGACGAAGGCGCCGUCAAGGUGCGCAGCAUCGUCCAGGCCACGAAUCUGCCGCAGCCCGUCCUGGACCUCACGCAUCAAUACUGUCAGCUUUGUGCGACGUUUCGCAGCAGCGGCAGUGACGGCUAAGUAGCUGGUUGCGUCUAGCUAAGUUACGUUACGUUUAAUGUUAGGCAGCGACGCGGACCAGCCCAAGUGGAUUACUGAAGAAAAAAAGAAAAGAAACCAAGAUAGAAAAAAAAAAAAAAAAAAAAAAGGAACAGAGGGGGAAAAGUGAUGUGAUGACAUACCAUUAUCGUCGGAAAUUGCAAAUGCAAAUGCACAUGUAAUAGAUUUAUUGUCCAGGGUUACAAGGAGGAACGAUGGAUGGAUGACUCUAUGUUGCUAAGCAGUUGAAGGAGGGGGGAUUCUAUUCUUUUUCCCUUCUCACCUUUUUUAUGUGUCUAUUUAUUUUCAUUUUUAUUUAUUACGAUUACAUUAUUUUUAUGAUUCAAUUGUUCCAG